AUGUUGCAACCGAGGAGUGCAGCUUAUGUGUGUCAGGUUGCACACAAGCAACAUAAGGGUGAUAUGGAGAGGGAGGAGGAGAGAGAACAUAAUAAUGACUCGUAUGAACAAACUCAGGCUUCAAAAGUGGAUUUAAAGAAAGAUAAACAUGAGAUGUCAAUGCUUCUCAAGUCUGUUAAAAUGAAAAUCAAAACAACUCCCGUUAUUGCCUUCUUCUGAUGCUAAGAAAUCUAAGAGGAAAGGGUAAUAAUGGGCACAAAUUUUCAUGGGAUUAUUGUUUGUGUGAGAUCGGUAUGCAAUUUUGUUUUUUUUUUCUUCAAUUUUAAUGUUAUGGUUAUAAAGUUUUGUAUUCCUCACCAUAUUUAUUUGUUUUGGAUUCAUUUUUAGAGGUU